AUGGCCGCGGCCUCGCCUCCGCUCCUCCCCACCACGGUGGUCCCGGCCGCCGCACCAUCCCCCACCCCCACCCCUGCGCCCAUACCCACGGCCCUCUCCUCCGCGGACGCCACCGAUACCAACCCAGCGGCGAUCCGGGCGUUCCUCUCCCGCCUCGUCGACACCACCCGUGGCGCGCUCUCCGGCGCGCGGCCCUGGUCCGAGCUGGCGGACCGCUCUACGCUCUCCCACCCAGACUCCCUCGCCGAGGCCCAGUGGCGAAGCUAG